AUGUGGUCAAGUGAAGGAGACUGUUGCGCCCACGCCCCGCCCUCCUGCCGCGCCGUCUGUCACCAGGUGCCGCUGUGGCGUCUGGCCGCGGAGGACAGCGAGGCCCACCUGGCCCGCCUCACAGCUGCCUGCCCUCCUCACCUGGACGGGUACUGGACGUGUCUCAAUCAUACGCUGACAGGUGUGGCGGAGGGGGCGGGGUGGUGGGGGCGGCCGUGCUGCAGGCUGGCCCUGGUGCCAGAGUGCCAGGCGGCCUGCCUGAGGGCCCGACACCAGCCCCACCUCACGCCCCUGUGUCGGGCCUCUCACCACGUCGACUUCUUCCAGUGUCUGCGGAGGACUGAGGAAGGGGCGGGCUGCUGCGCCCGGACACAGUCGUACCGCUGCCGGGCGUCGUGUGAGGCGGUCUUCGCCGCCCGCACGCCCUCAAGACGCCUCCGCCACCAGCUCUCCAAGGACUGCCACGCCCACGCCCAUGUCACCCGCUGUGCGCACGCCCUCACCAAGACCACCCCCUCACACCGCCCAGAGAGAAACCUGCACUGCUGCGCGGCCUCGGUGUCGUGGUCGUGUCGGGCGGCGUGUCGGGCCGUGCUCACCUCCCAGGCUCCUCAACAGGACAUCCUCGACCAGCUGGAGGACGCCUGUGGCACUGUUGACCUGACGAAUGGGGUGUGGAAGUGUCUGUUUCGUCAGAGUGAUGCAGCUGUCCCGGAGGUCAGACAGGUGUCCAAGCUGGGUCGGCUUGGACUGGAUGCAGCGAAACUCGGCUGCUGCAAGAGAGCAGUGUCCGCGGAGUGCCAAGGGCUGUGUGUGCGUGCCUUCUCCAAGGAGUGGGGUAGGGCAUGGGACGCCCUCCACACCUCCUGCCUCACUCGCCCUCAGGAGUCCACCCUCUUUGCCUGCCUGGCAGAGGCAGACGCCCCGUGUCAACAAGGAUGUUCCGGUCUGUCUUUCUGCAGCAACUUCAAUCACCGACCCAACCAUCUCUUUCGCUCCUGCAACUCUCGCGCUGACGCCGCUGCACAGGAGGACCUGCAGCUCUGGGAGGAGAGCUUGACACUCAGCCUGCCUGGUCUGGCCGCCUCAGUGCCACUUAAGAGUGUGAAGGAGUGCCAGGGAGAGCUGUGGAGAGCCGUGGCCUGCUCACUACACCUGCGGCCGUGUCAUCCCACUUCGCUCACCAACACCAUCUGCUGGAACGACUGCGUUAGACUCCUCUCGAGGUGUGUGCGCGAGCCAGUGGUGGGGGAGGGGGAGAUGACAGCAGGGGCGGUGUGCGACGCCCUCAGCCCUCUGCCAGGGGCGCCCUGCGUCUCCCUCGCCGCCUUCCUCAGCCCCUCACCCCUGCCCAACGAGCCUCCCUGGAGGGCGCCCACCUCCCCCUGCCGCCUGGACCCCUGCCCGGCCCGCCACCUCUGCACCGUCAAUAGUGAGUGUCGCCCUGGGGAGCCCUGCCGACCCUACCUGUGUACCCCUGCCUGCCACCUGGGGGAGGUCUCCAGCGUCGCCGUGCCCGUCGGCGCCUUCGUCAGUGUCCCAUCCAGUUCCGGGGCGUCUGGGUGUGGGCGUGUGUGUGAGUGUGGGCGUGAGGGCGGCCUCCAGCACUGCCGCAACCAUCCCUGUGUCAACCCCGCCCCUUGUUGGCUCCCCACCUCCAAGCUGGAGCACGACACAGAGGUGGCCAUAGGCUGUGUGGUGUGUAGCUGUCACGCCGGAGAGCUGAGCUGUGUCCCGCGCCCUGGGUGCCCUUCCCACCUGCUCCAGCCCCUCCCUCUCCACGCAGGCGUGGGCGUGGGGCCGGUGUGGGCGUCCCAGCAGGCGGCCGUGGGCGCUCUGCCCUGUGACUGUACCCGGCGCUGGGGGCCAGUCUGUGCUGGGAAUGGUCGCACCUUCCCCUCGGAGUGUCUUGCUAGGUGUGCGGGCGUGGAGGAGGGCCAAUGGCGUGCGGGGGAGUGUGGGGCGUGGGAGGAGUGUGCAGGGGCGCGGUGUGGGCGUGGGGAGGCAUGCGUGCCGGCGCCAGCCACCUGCCUCACCCUCCCAUCCACCCACUGUCCACAGCACCUUUGUGUGCCCCUGGAGGGCGAGUGCCCAGAGGAGUCGUCAGUAGCCGCCUGUGAUACCAAAGGACGCCAGUUCGAAUCCCUGUGCAGAUUGGUACGGGAAGACGCUGUCCUCGCCUACCUGGGCACCUGUAGAACAAGGUGCUCGUCGUCAGGUGAGGUGUGUGGGCGUGACGGGCGGACGUGGGCGUCAGAGUGCCACGCCCACGCCCACUAUGUGCCCGUAGACUACCAGGGUCCGUGCAGGGCGGUGGGCGUGCCGGGUACAUCGUGUCCCAGUGUCACCUGCCCGGCUGCUCCUACUCCAGGGUGUGUGGGCGUGGAGUGGCGUGGGUGGUGUUGUGGGCGGGUGUGUGGGGGCGGGGUGGUGCUGGCCUGGUCCACCCGCCUGCUGGAGGUGGCCGCCGUCGCCCUCCCCACCCUCCGCCCGCUCUCCGUCUCCGCCCUCCUCGCCGCCCUCGCCGCCCAAGUCGCCGUCUCAGAGUGCCAGGUGAGGGGCCACCUGACGCUGGAGGGCCACCUGCUGGUGCUGGUCACGCCCACGGCCGCCCACACGCCCCAGCCGCCGCCCCUGGUGGCGCGGGCGUGUGUGGUGGAGGCAGAGAGACUGGUGGGCAUGGUGGGGGCCAGGUCCCCCCGCCUUAUGUCCGCCCUCCCUGCUGCCGCCCUCACCCUCGCCGCCCCCGCCCACACCAGCGCCGCCCACACUGCCGCCCACUCCGCCCUCACCCUCGUCGCCCUGGUGGUGGUGUCUGUCAGUCCCUCCAGAAGGUUCUGGUAGCAGUGCCACGCCUCUGUGGCAGCAGUGACCUCUCUAUGUCCGACUGCCGUCCCCUUGUAGCAGUGACUUAACUGGAAGGCAGCAGUGACUUAACUGGAAGGCAGCAGUGACUUAACUGGAAGGCAGCAGUGACUUAACUGGAAGGCAGCAGUGACUUAACUGGAAGGCAGCAGUGACUUAACUGGAAGGCAGCAGUGACUUAACUGGAAGGCAGCAGUGACUUAACUGGAAGGCAGCAGUGACUUAACUGGAAGGCAGCAGUGACUUAACUGGAAGGCAGCAGUGACUUAACCGGAAGGCAGCAGUGACUUCACCGGAAGGCAGCAGUGACUUAACCGGAAGGCAGCAGUGACUUAACUAGAAGGCAGCAGUGACUUAACUGGAAGGCAGCAGUGACUUAACUGGAAGGCAGCUGUGACUUAACUGGAAGGCAGCAGUGACUUAACUGGAAGGCAGCAGUGACUUAACUGGAAGGCAGCAGUGACAACACCUGCAGGUGUUGACGAUGAUCAACAGCUCACAUGAACCUUGAGUGCCUCGUAUGAGUGCCUCGUGUGAGUGCCUCGUGUGAGUGCCUCGUGUGAGUGCCGCGGCAUUAUUGACAGUGCCAGAAACAACAGGUAAACGAACCAGUGACUCGAACAAGUGCCAAAAAGUUCCUAUAGUUGACACAUUUAUUGUCGUUAGCAGUGUUUGUGCUGAGUAAGAGCAGUGUGAGUGCCAGCCCCUGGCACCCUGGCACCAUCGUGAAGCAACUUAGUGCUGGGUUCCAUGUGUGUCUGAGUGCUGGGUGCCAUGUGUGUCUCAGUGCUGGGUGCCAUGUGUGUCUCAGUGCUGGGUGCCAUGUGUGUCUCAGUGCUGGGUGCCAUGUGUGUCUCAGCGCUGGGUGCCAUGUGUGUC